CAAAGACAGGUCGGCUCACCGCGACACGCUGGCCGCAUCACAUCCACACUCGGACACUUUGACCUAAAUAGAUGAAUGGAGCGAGCGAGAGAAACUGGCGGCUGUGUCGGUGCGAUCGUAGCUGAUACAAUUUGGUAAGCUUUGAGGGCCAUCAGCACGACUCUGUCUUUUUCCUCCUGAAAGCUAGAAGCGUGUAGCGGUAUCUGCAGAAGCGGCACAGCAGAUUAUGGAACAGCACUGAGAUAACGAGCUAAUGAAAUUGGACAAGUACCAACCUCCAGGCUGCGGCGCAGUAAAAACAACUAUCACGGAUUCCGCAUCCCCCCUUUUUUCCGGCGAUGUAUUGAAUUGUCGUGGAGAUGAAAAAUCAUGACCAUCCUCAUCUGAGUAGCGUCCUGUGAAUUGAGAAACAUCAGUCCAUCCGCUGAAACGGAUUGCUGCUUCAUGCUGGGCUCUCGUCUUCCUCAACUUAAGGUCUUACCGAUUUGAGUAGCACAGCACCAUAGUAGCAGAAACAGGCCGAUCUGAGGACAGAGCAGCUACAUUCAGCAGGGUGGUGACAACACACUGAAGUGCUUAAGCAGUUGGAUAAGGUGGUGAGUCACACCCUCCCCCCCAGAUCAUCCCGGUGAAUGGCUUCUCACAAAAAGGCUCUGCUCAGCCACUGAAUAAAACCUUCCUUCUGCACCAGUGUGGGAGAAAGUGCCACUUUGACGCUGGUUUGGCAUGUCUGUAGGCUGAUAUCUGGAGUGAAAGCGGCGUUCAGUGAUCAUCUUUCACUCUGAGCCACUCACCUUUCAUGCCAUGGCCCCGCCACUAGCUCUCAGGGCUGGAAUGUCAGAGGGACCGUAGAGAGACUCAGGUGGAGACGAUCCCCACGCACAACACACCAGUGUAAGACUUGUGCCUCAUGAGGCUCAGGAGGCAUACAUGAGGAAAGAUUUUACCUUAUUGUUUAGGUGACCUUCAUAUAGAACUGGAUUAAGACGUUUUUGCUGACUCUCCUUCCAUUUUAAUCGGCCCUCUGUGGGACUUCUGAAUGGGAGCAGGGGGAGCUGGCAUUGUUUCUCCUGCUUUAUGAGUUUUCAUCUCUGGGAGAGUGUGAUCGAGCGGCAGGGGAAGCCAGCAUGGCCAGGCCUCUGCUGAAGAUACAGCGCUAUUUCCGUAGGAAACCGGUCCGCUUCUUCUCCCUCAUCCUCCUCUAUUUGACUGCCGGCAGCCUGGUGUUCCUUCACUCUGGCUUUGUCGGGGACAGCUCCUCGGGAGCCAGAGGGGGGAGAGACCCCCUGGUGGCUUCAGAGAUGGGGAGCCGGACAUCAUCCUCAGACGGUCGAGGGCUUGGCAUUAUGGGGAGGGUAUUUAAGGAGACACGCAGACCUGGCCGGAGGUACGGUCCGCCGUGGAUGAAAAAGACUGGACAUGGGGGCCAGGACUCAGGUCGCAGGGGUGGGGACUACACCAGCAACUGGAACCGUGCGCUCAAAGGACGUAAUGCCAAAGACAUGGACGAUGGAAGAGCAAAGUACAUUGGCUGCUACAUUGAUGACAUACAGAAAAGAGCUCUGAGGGGAGUGUCCUUUUUUGACUACAAAAAAAUGACUGUUUUCCGUUGCCAGGACAACUGUGCAGAAAGAGGUUACCUGUAUGCGGGCCUGGAAUUUGGGGCAGAGUGCUACUGUGGCCACAAGAUCCAGUCCCCCAACGCUUCAGAGAGCGAAUGCAACAUGGAGUGUAAGGGCGAGAAGAGCAACCUGUGCGGAGGAGCCAACCGGCUGUCCGUGUAUAGGCUGGAGCUGAGCCAGGAGUCAGCGCGCCGCUAUGGGAGUGCCAUAUUCAAGGGCUGUUUCCACAGGCCUGACAAUGUCACUUUGGCGCUUCCUAUCAGUGCAGUCAUCCAAAACAUGUCUGUGGACAAGUGUGUGGACAUGUGCACAGAGAAGGAGCAGUCUCUGGCGGUCCUGGCUGGAGAUCGAUGUCACUGUGGGUUCCCGACACCCCAAUUCUCCCUUCACGAGCCGGAGGAUGAGGAAAUGUGCCUUCACCGCUGCCACGGGGAAGAGUUCGAGAGCUGCGGGAGUGACGAGUUCUUUGUGGUGUACCAGACACAGGUUCAAGAUAACCGCUGCAUGGACCGGCGCUUCCUGCCCACACGCUCCAAGCAGCUGCAGGCUCUGGCCAGUUUCCCCGGAGCGGGCAACACCUGGGCUCGCCACCUCAUAGAGCUCGCCACCGGCUUCUACACCGGCAGCUACUACUUUGACGGCUCGCUGUAUAAUAAAGGAUUUAAAGGGGAGCGAGACCACUGGCGGAGUGGGAGGACUAUCUGCAUAAAGACACAUGAGAGUGGCAAGAAGGAGAUUGAAGCUUUCGACUCCAGCAUUCUCAUGAUUCGUAAUCCAUACAAGGCCCUCAUGGCAGAAUUUAACCGCAAAUAUGGCGGCCACAUUGGAUUUGCCUCCCAGGCCCACUGGAGAGGAAAAGAGUGGCCAGAGUUUGUGAAGAACUAUGCCCCUUGGUGGGCGUCCCACACCUUGGACUGGCUGCGUUACGGGAAAAACGUCCACGUGGUUCACUUUGAGGACCUGAAGAGGGACCUGUUCUCCCAGCUGAAGGGGAUGGUCUUGUUUCUGGGUCUGGAGGUUUCUGAGGACCGUCUGCUCUGUGUCGAGGGCCAGAAGGACGGCAACUUCAAGCGGUCAGGGCUACGCAAGCUCGAAUAUGACCCCUACACCCCAGAAAUGCGUGCUAACAUCGAUGAGCUGAUCAGGACAGUAGACGCUGCUCUGAAGAAAAGGAACAUGUUUGGGGUCCCAGAGGAAUAUAUGCCAAGAUGAUACAUGUGACUUCUUUUUUCUUCUUCUUUUUUGGCUCUUUUUAAUUAUUAUUGACUAUUAUGUCUCUUGGCUCUGCUCAAUUUUUUGUAGAGUGUCAUUACUUUAAUAUUUUUUUCAGAGACUUAUUUAUUAUGUCACACAUGUUGAAGCUAUACAUCAUUAUUAUUCUCUUUUUUUCUCCAUCAACUUAGACAAGCGUAGGCUCACCACACAUUGUUUUAGGAGAGGCAGUUGUAACUGGAGAGGUCUCCUUUGAACCUUGGCUGGGAAUACUAAUGAGAAGCACUUCUUUUCCUGCUCUAUGCACAUGUGCUACACAGGCAUGUGCACAUGCCUUAACUUAAGAAGGUACAGUACCUGACACUUAAUUCAGAGGAACAGCUGAGUUAUGUGCUGGGUUAUUUUUUUCGCUAGUGGAAAAACACUUGAUCUAAAAGAUAUUAUACAACACUGUAAUGGGUGAUAUGUGAGCUUAUUUUAUGCAGAAUAUAAAUAAUGUUUAUGAAAAAUUUAUAACAUGAAAUGGUCUGCUGCUAUCACAGAUAUAAAGAAUUAUACUCUUUUAUACAUGAAAUAAGAUUUAUUGAAAAUGUAAUGUUCAAAAUGUCAUGUUCCGCCUUUUGCUAGAUAGAAAAUUCAAUAUGCAGGCUAUAACUUUACCUGUUGAGGCAUACAUACGGUUUCUUUCCAAGUGACUACACGUUAUUGAACUUACAGUAUGUAUGAGAAAUGAUCAGCUGAUGAAGAGAUGAAGGACUCCAAACUUCUCACAGCUCCUCAUAUUCAAGAAGAUUAAUAAUCCCUCUUGAUGGCACUGUAAGAGGGGAGACUCAGAGAGAGAAGACGAUUUUAUCUCUGCAGAGAAAAUGUUGACUGAUUUGGUUGUGCAUUUUAUUUUCCUAACACUGGACUAACUGCAGAAAUCCAAAAAAGCAUUUCACUGUGCAACACUUGCCCCAAAGAUCACAGAGGAAUUAGGUAUUCAUUAUAUUCUACUGUAUGUUAUAGAUUGGAUGUUACCUUUAGUAGUAAUGAUCAUUCUAGUUUUUUAUUUUAUUUUAUUUUAUUUUUUUUGAUAAUUACUUUUACUGAAUGUGAAAACUAUGUUGUUUCUGUUAAUAAUUGUUUUAUUCUAAUAGCUACACAAAAAAUUAAGCCAGUGGUACUUUUUAUCUCCAUAGCUUAAAAAACAGUCUCAACAAUCCACAAAAGUAUGAAGCAUUUCAGUCAGAUUUUGUAUAACGCCAUCCUCAGUGUGGUAUGCCAUAUGUUCAAAAAAAAAAAAAGAAAGAAAGAAAGAAGAAGAAAAAGCAACACUGGUGGCUGAGACCCAGGAAAGAUUAAAAAGGACUUCCAUAUUCUGUAUACUACAUAUGUAUAUUUUUAUAAUGUGCAAAAAAAAAAAAAAAAAAGGAAAAUCAAAAAUAUUUCUAAUGCAAGACGCACAUGGGAGAAGUGGUUUCUAUUUUUGACACAUGCUUUGACCCUCAGUGACUCUUGCUUUCAUUAACGAGCUGGCACUUUCUGAAUAUGGGUGUCACAUUUGAAUGUAUUUUCUAUGGAAUGAAUGUAAUGUGAUGAGGCCCAAUAAAUAAGUAAAUAAAAUAAUGCACUAUGGUCUACAGUUUUUACCAAUUCCCAUGCAGUGUCAAAGAGAUGGUGCACAGCAACUAGAGGCAGAACCGGAGCCAGUAGACAGGUAACCACAACAAGA